UGAAGUUCCCAAAGACAAAGGGCAGUGACAGUAAGGCGAAGUUCUAUAAAAGGGCGUGCACCCCCUUCGUUUUAAUCCUAAGCAAUCAGGCUUCAAGCCUCUAGUCAACGAGACUUGCCCAAGCGGAGUGUACGCAAGUGUGAGUGGGUGCAUUACUUCCAUUGUUCCUGAGCAAACUCUGCGUUUGAUCUGCUUCAGUCCUGUUAAGUAGCUAGCUAUCCAGUAGCGUACGUACCUAAGAGUAAGACACCCCUCUUCAACCUCUCUGCUGCCAGCAAUGGCGACCCCGCAGCACCACGGCGACCAGUACGGGCGGCUGUUCAUAGAGGAGACGGGAUGGUACAACGAGAUGCUCCUGAGCGUGGUCCUUCCGGGCGACUGGUGGCGCGUGCUGCCGCACCUGGUGCAGUCGUGGCUGCGCAACUGCAUCGGCGUCUACCUCAUGUAUUUCAUCAUCGGCUUCCUAUGGUGCUUCGUCAUCUACCACUGGAAGCAGCACGAUUACGUCCCCAAAGAUUCUAUCCCUACGGUGGAAGCUGUGAAGAAGCAAAUACUUGUGGCAUCAGUGUCCAUGCCUUUCUACACUGUUCUUCCAACUAUAUAUGAGUACAUGAUUGAGAGUGGAUGGACACAAUGUUUCUUUCAUAUCAGCGAUGUUGGAUGGCCAAUGUAUCUUGUCUAUCUGGCUUUAUAUCUCAUCUUUCUGGAGUGCGGAAUGUACUGGGUGCACAGGGAGUUGCAUCACAUAAAGCCACUAUACAAGCACCUCCAUGCAACCCACCACCUUUACAACAAGGAGAAUACCCUAUCUCCAUUUGCGGGACUAGCAUCCCAUCCGGUGGAUGGGAUUUUACUAGCCAUGCCGCAUGUGGUUGCUCCCUUCCUUUUCCCAACGCACUUCAGGACUAACGUUGCCCUCUUGUUCAUGGAGGCUAUGUGGACAGCUAAUAUCCAUGAUUGCAUUCAUGGCAAGGUUUGGCCGGUGAUGGGUGCUGGUUAUCAUACUAUUCACCAUACCACUUACCGGCACAAUUAUGGCCACUACACUAUCUGGAUGGACUCACUGUUUGGCACACUUCAAAAGCCAGAAGAUAUCUUCAAGGAGGAUUGAGUUGUUCAACCAUCUGAUAGUGUUGUGAACUGUAGUAGACUUUUACCUUAUAUGUUUACUCUCCUCAAAGUUUCUUUUUGUCUUAUAUGCUAUUUUAGUAUACUAGUUGGUGAUAACAUGGUACAUAUUUAGCAUUGUUCACACGAAAUGCAUGAAGUAAAUAAAGAGAUACGUUUGAAACUUGCGUCAA